CCUUCCGGGCAACUUGAUAAUUUAACUUGAUACCGGCCGUAAUUAUAGCGGACAGAGUAGAGGAAAGAGCACGGCAGAGAGCAGAGGAUCUAUCUACAAGCCACAUCUUGACACAAAGGAAUACCUGCCAUGUCUUUUCUCCCGGCCCGCCCCUCCUCGUCUCCGUCAAUACACCCAAUCGCAGCAAGGCAGGCCAGGAUGAAUACUUUUCAGAAGGUCAAGCCCAUAUGCGUCGCUCUCAUGGGCAUAGCAGCCCAGACACCCACGCCAUAUUCUGAACAUCACAAGCUCAUAGAUAAACUCUACGCUGCUAUAUCGACCGUCCCAUCUAGCACCAUGGACCCUGCCGUCAUCAACUAUGUCCUCUUCCCCAUCACCAAUAUCAUGCGCCAAUCCAAUCCUGCCAGUCUCCCCGAUAACUUUUUAGAAGCAGCCUUCAAUCUCCUCGCGCUCAUGGUCGGGGCUUGGAGGAAAUGUGAUGGAGGGAUAGAUGUGAUCGCUUGGGAGCAGCUUUGGAGAUUUAGCGUCGCAGCGGUUGGACCGAAGGUUGUGAACAGAGAAAAGGACAAGGGCAAGGAGAAAGAAGCCGGUCAAGAGGUCCAGCUCAACGCUGUCAAACUUCUGGCCGCUCUUCUUGAACCCUCAACAGAAAAUUCUCCCACUUUGCACCCAUCAGCAGCAAUGCUCGAGAAAGUCGCCAAUCCAAAAUCUCCGUUGCUGCCGACUUUGUUUCAAACAAUCACUCUUCUUCUCGAGACCGUCCUGCCGUCUCCACCCUAUUUACAACUCCAACUCUCAUCUCUCAGACUGCUCAGACGCCUGAUGCAGUCAUACCUGCCCGGGAAACAUCAAUUCCUUGCCGCCCUUUUACCGGGAACGGUGAGCGCUAUGGCGAAGUUGAUAAAUACCGAGGGUAAGAACCUCAAGGGCGAGGCUGCCCAGGAAAGUGCAGGUUUAAUUGAGAUUGUGGUCACUUUGACUUUGAACGACCAUGACCUUCAAGAACUCGGGGUUCUCAGACCGCCUGCCGAAGAUCUAAGUCAAUUGGCCGAGGAGUGGGAGGCCGCAAAUAUCUCUACCGACGAGCCACCCCCCCCUUCACCGGCUUCUAGCAGCACCUCUAUUGCUCCCAAUCCCUUUCCGCCUCUCACUGCCUCCUAUCUAUCUUUCACUGCCACUCAGCUGUUGUCCGCCAUCCCCCCAGUGCUAUUCACCUUCGUACCUCAUUCUUCAGAUCUCGCGCGCAUUGCGGCUUCAUCCUUGGCAUUUUCACUCAUUGAAAAAUGCUCCAAAUCUCUCCCUCUUCUCCGACCUCGUGCCCUUACAUGCCUUUUACUCUUAUCUCAAGAUACUUUCGACCCUGUCCGUCACGAUGCUCGUCGAAAACUUAGACGAUUGAUUUCUACAGAGACGUCCACUCUCUCGCCAAUCCUUGUCGACCUUCUUAACGAUGCUGUCAACUCUCUCCCACGUCUCGUGACAUCCCAACAAGACACCAAGGUAGACGAAAUCGCUCGACUAGUAACUGCUAUUGCAGAGGCUUCUACUGAGCUUUCGCGAAAUCGAAAACAACCAGCAAGAGGCAAUGCGAUCGCGGAGCUGUUAGGACCAAAUGGGAAUGUGGAGAGAUGGAGUUGGGCAUUGCUGGAUUGUCUCGAGUUUGGAAGACCUUCCGGAUGGAGUGCAGCUGCGGGAACAGCGGAAAGAGCUGCCCGGUUGGGGUGGGAGGGCGGAUUCAGUCAAAAAAGCAACUUGCUUUUAAUGGAUGGGACAGCGGAGGAGCAGGUCGAGGAUGAAGUAGAGGCGUUGGGCAGUUUCCCUCAUUUACCCUUGCGUUAUAUCGAGUCUGAAGCGACAGCUCGCAGGAUGGGAGAGAUGUUAUCGGCAUUGGGGUCAGCAGCUGAGGAAGCGGCUCUUUACUCGGUCGAGUAUUUUAUCAGGUUUACCAAAACCAACAGAAGAAAGCAUACUGUCAAAGCUGUUUCGUCUCUGUGGGUAGCGGAUAGAUUGUUGUCCGGCGUUAUCAUGUCACAACUUGAAGGAGCUGAGGGAAAGGUCAGCAAGGCUACGAGAAAAAUGGCUAGGGAGGUUGUUAAAGCGGUUAUUGUUAUGGAAGAAGAUGGCGAAGAGGAAGAUGAAGAGGAUUUUGGGUACGAUCAGGAAGGUACUUCGGCAUUAAUUCCCAUUGAAAGGACCAAGGGCAUCGACACCCUCACCACUCUUCUCGAUCGCAACCCUCUACCCAAUUCCCAUACUGCCGCAGAAACCCGGCGCCUUCAUCUCCAGGCCCAGCAGACACUUCUUACCUCACUCUCGCUCCAAUCGCUCUCCCUAUCAGCUCGCGUACUAUCAUCCUCCUUCCGUCCUCUGCUUCUCACCACGCUCUACAUCAUUCUUUCUCAUCUUGCUUCACCGCAUCCUAUCGUACAAUCGUACGCAUCUCUCACCUUAUCCCAUGUCGCUCAAUACACUGGGUAUGCCUCUCCAGCAGCUCUCAUCCUUGACAAUGUAGAUUAUGUCAUCAAUGUCGUCACCCAACGUCUGACAUACAAGCGUCUUUCGGCUAUGGCCCCUCUCGUGCUUAUCGCUAUGAUCCGGCUUGUCGGAGAGCCAAUUGUACCUCUUGUUCACGACGUCGUAGACGAAAUCUUUGAUGCUUUGGAUGACUAUCACGGAUACGAAACGAUGGCGAGCAGUUUACUUGCAGUGCUUGUGACUCUUAUCGACGUGAUGAGCAAGAAGGUGAAGUUGGAAGCAGAGGAAUCAGAAGAGAAACGAAAGAGGAAAGCUGAGGAACUUAGUUGGAUAGGUAAGGCACCUAAUCCAGCUGGUGACUUUGCAGAAUUUGAGAAAUGGUGGGAGGAGAAGGCUCAAAGAAGUCAGAAAAUAGUCAGCGAGAUCCUAGAGAGAGCUCCGCAACAUGCAUGGGGCAGAGAGGAAGCGGUCAAUGAAGACCAGGAUGAAACGACUGGGGAGAACGAUACCAAGAUGGAUGAAGUUGAAGUGCCUGCCACUCGAUCUCAACAAGUCGCCACCCGAAUCCUCACGAAGGCUCUAUUUUUUCUCACCCACCGCUCCCCUUUCCUUCGAUCCAAGGUCCUCUCCCUUAUCGCCAACUCAGUACCGAUUCUUGCCUUGGGGAACCGGGAAUCAGAUCUCCUCCCUCUUAUCCAUGAUUCUUGGUCAAGCAUCCUCAAUCGACUUGACGACCCUGAGCCGUAUGUCGUAGUUGAGGCUGCAGAAGUCAUUGCCAGUCUUUGCGAGCAUGUUGGGGAUUUCAUGAGCAAGAGAGUAUUGGAGCAUGCCUGGCCAAGGUUGCUCAAGCUGUUGGAUGAGCAGCGCGAAUUGGAUAGGCGGUCUGCCCUCGCUAGGCGCGGCGGAAUGGGGACUGAAAGCUCGUUUACAGUGUCUCACCGUCUACAUAUUGCCAUCCUCAAGACAGCAAUUUUUAUCGCUCGAGAAGUACCGGUAGCAGACAACGUUUUAUGGGAGAUGAUGUUGUCUUUCAGAGUCUUUAUUGAUGAUCGAGUGCAUGAAGAGCUGUGUGGGAAGGCGAUGGAGCUUUACACAGAGCUGGGAAAGAGGGAUGGCGACGCCUUGUGGAUUGUGCUAAAUGGGACUCUGGGGAAUGGAGUUGCUGGGGACUCUUGGGAGUACCUUAGUCGGGCGAAGUUGAAUAUUGAGCGAUGUGCAUCUAUUCUGUUGAAUGCCAUCUAGAAUGUUGCAUCUCUGCCCAAAAUGUCGCAAGAUGUGUAUCACCAAAUUUCGUUUGGUAGAUGAAGCUGUCGCAGUAGGACACCGCCCUCUUUAAGCACCCUGGCAGAAGCUUCAUCCAUACUGUAACUCUGAUUGUAGACAACUUCCCGAACGCCACAUUGUACGAUCUUGACAGAACAACGGAGGCAAGGGCAUCUACUGCUCGUCAAUAAUUAAAUUACGGAAUCAUCGCCGAUACGCUCCCUCCCUGCCUCCAACAAAGCAUUCUCUUCUGCAUGCAAACAUAAACACUCAUUGACUAUCUUGCGAUUCAGCAUUGCGGUAACUUCAGCAUGAUUGGAUACUCACGAGCUUCACCGCCCCUUGCACUGCCAUUACAUCGAGAGCAUCCUCCCUGAUUGCAAUUUCGAGUGCCUCUUGGAGUGCCAUUGUAACCGGUCGACAGAAUUCUCUUUGAUCUCACAAGCAAAGCCCC